AUGUCUCCCGCCGAAUCCUCCGCCGCCGCCCAAACCAAUGGCACCCAAUCUACCUCCCACACCACCCCCACCAACUACGAAUUACCAUGGGUGGAGAAAUAUCGCCCCGUCUUCCUCUCMGACAUUGUAGGCAACACGGAAACCCUCUCCCGCCUGCAAAUCAUCGCCAAGGACGGCAACAUGCCCCACGUCAUCAUCUCCGGCAUGCCAGGUAUCGGCAAGACCACGUCCAUUCUCUGUCUGGCGCGACAACUGCUCGGUCCCGUGGCCUACAAGGAAGCCGUGCUGGAGUUGAAUGCGAGUGAUGAGAGGGGUAUUGACGUCGUGAGGAAUCGCAUCAAGGGUUUCGCGCAGAAAAAGGUCACCUUACCUCCAGGACGGCAGAAGAUGGUCAUCUUGGAUGAGGCGGAUAGCAUGACGAGUGGAGCUCAGCAGGCGUUGCGAAGGACCAUGGAAAUCUACUCGGGCACCACACGAUUCGCCUUUGCGUGCAAUCAGAGCAACAAAAUCAUCGAGCCCUUGCAGAGUCGAUGUGCGAUAUUGAGAUAUGCUCGCUUGACCGAUGGACAGGUCGUUAAGAGGUUGAAUCAGAUCUGUGAGGCCGAAAAGGUCGAUUGGACGGAUGAUGGAUUGGCCGCUCUGGUCUUCAGUGCCGAAGGGGAUAUGAGACAGGCCAUCAACAAUCUCCAAUCUACGUGGGCCGGCUUUGGACUGGUCAACAGUGAGAAUGUCUUCAAGGUUGUUGAUAGUCCGCAUCCCAUCAAAGUUCAGGCCAUGAUCAAGAGCUGUCACGAGACCAAGGUGGAUGAGGCGUUGGAUGCCUUGAAGGAGCUGUGGAACCUCGGAUACUCUUGCCACGACAUCAUCUCCACCAUGUUCAAAGUCACCAAAUCCAUCCCCGACUUGUCCGAACACACCAAGUUGGAAUUCAUCCGCGAGAUUGGUUUCACCCAUAUGAGGAUUCUCGAGGGCAUGCAGACGUAUUUGCAAUUGGCCGGUUGUGUGGCCAAGUUAUGUCGGCUGGGCAUGAAGGGCCACUUGUUUGAUUUGAAGUGA